AUGGCCGUCGAACUGAAAAAGGGUGUCUGGUUUCCUUGUGCAGCGGUUCAACAUGAGCGAGCCCCCAGAUCGAGCCACCCAGCCCUUCACUAUCCAGUAGGUUUAACGCCGCGGUUUCGGUCGCUGCAGCCAUCAUCAAUGUUUCCCACAUUGCCGCUGCAUUUUCCUGCUACUCACCUGCUCGACCAAUCUCUGGCACCCCCUCUGAUCAACGCGCAAAGCAAUUAUAUGCAUCAGAGCCUGAUUUACCCCACCAUGUUGAGCAGCCAGUUUGUGAAACCGAAUGGAUUGUAUCCAGUAUUAGGCGCAUGCCUGCCCUUUUCAGACAAACCAACAUCACACAUCAAGCAGGAUUUGGCGCUUAGAGAUGGACGAAAGGAGGAUGAAGUGAGCAGUUCCGAAGAAAUCAGCCAGGAGAAAAGAGAUGGGACUUCAGAUGGGCCAAUGAGCGUCAACGCCCGAUUGGAACUGCCCAUUUUAAGCAAUGUGGAACCCAAACAUGCCGGUUUGGUUCCAGUAGAUUUACCAUGCAUGUCAGUUUUUGCGGAAAACACCUACGAAUCCGCUGCAAAGCUGCUGUUUUUGGCCAUAAAGUGGGCUCGAACUAUACCCUCGUUUCUCCAGUUAUCUCAAAGAGACCAGUCGAUUCUGCUUGAGGAAAGCUGGAGCGAGCUCUUUGUGCUCACAGCCUCCCAAUGGGCUCUUCCAGUGGAUGAAGUUAUUUUAGUGAACAAUGCGGUGGCUCCCACAUCAAGGCACCCAGUUCUGGAAGAAGACGCCCGAAAGCUCAGAGAGGUGAUUUCCAGACUGAACAUGCUCAGAGUGGAUCACACAGAACACGCCUGCUUAAAAGCUCUGGUAUUAUUCAAAGCUGAAAGCCGAGGCCUUUGUGAGCCAGCCCAUGUGGAGCUUUUGCAAGAUCAAACGCAUGUGAUGCUGCACGAAUAUUGCGCGGAAAGACAGAGCCAUCAGAAGGCCAGAUUUGGGAAGCUGCUUCUCGCCCUGCCGGCCGUCCAGAACAUUUCCAGAAGAAGCCUAGAGGAGCUGCUGUUUAAGCAGACUGUUGGGGAGGUUGCAAUCGAUAAACUGCUAGGGGACUUGGCUAAAGCAUCCUACACAUAAUUGAAAUUAUGUGGACAUUUUUUGUUGUGAAUAUAAACAGUGGUACAAAUG